UGGCUGCUCUUAGCACGCAAACAGUUCAAGGGCUAGCUGGUCCAAUCGCGCCCAAAGCCCCCAGUUCGCUCACUUAUGCCGAAGCAGUUGCAGCCCUAAAUAGCUACUACGAUCCCAAGCGUCAUGAAAGAGCAGAGAGCUGCAAGUUCUUCACGCGUUGCCAACAGGCAGGGGAGUCGAUUCAAGCGUUCCUCGUCGACAUACGGCGCAUAGCGGACAAUUGCAACUUUGGCACUGUAUUAGACCGAAUGAUAAGGGAUCGGAUUAUUUGUGGCGUACGCUCAAAUAGCCUGUGCAAGCAGCUGCUGAUGAAGGAAGGGUUGACGCUAGAAGAGGCCGAAGCUAUGUCAUUUCCGCGGAGGCGGCGGAAAACGACGCUAAUGAGAUGGGCGCAAAAUCACCAACAGUUCUCAAAAGUGCAAGCCCGUCCUCGGUGAUUUCGGGAUAACCACAACGGAAGCGCACCGCUAACGUGCGGAAGAUGCGCAAGCUCGAGGCAUGAUGAUAACGCCUGCCGGUGGGCUAAAGCGCGCUGUUUUCGUUGUGGGCGGCGCGGGCACGUGGCACGAUUCUGCUAUGAGGCGCCGACAGCACACCUGCAAGGUGGAAAGCGGGCAUAGAGUGUAAAAGCAUUGACAGCCACGCAAACCGCGUCUAGCCAUGAUGAUAGCGACAAAGCCAGCGUGGCAAAAGUUUGGACCGUAAUCUCGGAAAAGAAAAACUGACUCGAACCACCGAUACGACGCACGCUUCGUUGGGCAGACGUGCAACUACACAUGGAAAUCGAUACAGGGUCUCCAGAGUGCGUCAUAGCGCGCCAGAUAUACGAGCAACACAGAGCUCAGUGGCCACGCCUGACGGCUUCUCGAUUGAAGUUAUCGUGCUACGCGGGAAGGCUACCCGUGCUGGGGAACUCGAACUGUCUGUUCAAUACAAAAAUGUGUCUGUCAUGUGCACACUAAUGGUGCUUGACUGCGCAGGACCGAGUCUGUGUGGACGUGACCGGAUAACAGCGCUCAGCAAAAGGGGCGUGCCGAUUGAACAGCUGACAGCACUGGAUUUGCCUGCCGUUCCAAGUUCAGCCGGAUACUGGUUGAACGGCCUGCUUGCUGACUACGCGGACGUCUUAUCGGCAGACCUUGGGCUGAUUAAAGGUCCUCCUGCAAGCUUGAAGCUCAAGGCGACGGCGACGUCAAAAUUGUGUCGGCAGUUUACCUUGGUCACCGACCAUCCACCCCUGCUCGGGCUCCUGAGGCCCGAUCGCCAGACACCGCCGAUGGCGGCAGCUCGAAUUCCACGGUGGGCACUGUUCCUGGUCGGCUACCAGUACAAGUUACAGUACGUGCCUGGAAAAGAACUGCUGACAGCAGACGCCCUCAGCAGGCUUCCAGCAGAGGCGGCAGGUCCAUUGUCGGAUGGCGACCCACCCGACCUCCCCUUGUAGUCGCGCUUGGAAAGUGCCAACGUGCAAGAUGGGAGCCAGCUUUAGCAGCUGCCGCGCCACUGUUACCUCCAUGACUAAAAACGGAAAUGGCGAGUGCUGCGCAUAGCCUUACUGACUGCGACGCCGCUGCAACUGCUAGUGUGUAUCGACGUUGCCAACGCCUGUUUCCUAAAAUGGCGUAGGUGAAUACAGGAACCCAACGUUGUCCAGACAUGGCUAUUUUAUGUUCGCGUACUUUACCCGUGGUGUACAACGCGAAGACUGCAUGCCACGACAUGGGCGUCAGUAGCAUAUUUCUUCAACCUAAGCGCUAACACAAAAUACUUACUUCUUUUUAGAGUUAUCCGUUCGUGAUCAAUAAAGGCCGUUCUUCUAA